GCGCUUUACCCCUAGGACCGGUUUAGAAUGUAAUAACUCAAGGAUUUGAUAAUACAGUGAAGUAGUAUAACAACUGUCUAUGUGCUUCCCAUGAUAUGUUCUCUAUAUUAAAAAAUUAUGACAUCAACAUCCAAAGGAAUUCUUCGCCCAUUUUUAAUUGUCUGCAUUAUCCUGGGCUGUUUCAUGGCAUGUCUUCUCAUUUACAUCAAACCUACCAACAGCUGGAUCUUCAGUCCAAUGGAAUCAGCCAGCUCUGUGCUGAAAAUGAAAAACUUCUUCUCCACCAAAACUGACUAUUUUAAUGAAACUACUAUUCUGGUGUGGGUGUGGCCAUUUGGGCAGACCUUUGACCUUACAUCCUGCCAAGCAAUGUUCAACAUCCAAGGAUGCCAUCUCACAACGGACCGUUCACUGUACAACAAAUCCCACGCAGUUCUGAUCCAUCACCGAGACAUCAGUUGGGAUCUGACAAAUUUACCUCAGCAAGCUAGGCCACCCUUCCAGAAAUGGAUUUGGAUGAAUUUGGAAUCACCAACUCAUACUCCCCAAAAGAGUGGCAUUGAGCACUUGUUUAACCUGACCCUGACUUACCGCCGCGAUUCAGAUAUCCAAGUGCCUUACGGCUUCUUGACGGUGAGCACAAAUCCCUUCGUGUUUGAAGUGCCAAGCAAAGAGAAGUUGGUGUGCUGGGUUGUGAGUAACUGGAACCCUGAGCAUGCCAGGGUCAAGUAUUACAAUGAGCUAAGCAAAAGCAUUGAAAUCCAUACCUAUGGGCAAGCAUUUGGAGAAUAUGUCAAUGAUAAAAAUUUGAUUCCUACCAUAUCUACUUGUAAAUUUUAUCUUUCCUUUGAAAAUUCAAUCCACAAGGAUUACAUCACGGAAAAGCUCUACAAUGCUUUUCUGGCUGGCUCUGUACCUGUUGUUCUGGGACCAUCUAGGGAAAACUAUGAGAAUUAUAUUCCAGCAGAUUCAUUCAUUCAUGUGGAAGAUUAUAACUCUCCCAGUGAGCUAGCAAAGUACCUGAAGGAAGUCGACAAAAACAAUAAGUUAUACCUUAGUUACUUUAACUGGAGGAAGGAUUUCACUGUAAAUCUUCCACGAUUUUGGGAAUCACAUGCAUGCUUGGCUUGCGAUCAUGUGAAAAGGCAUCAAGAAUAUAAGUCUGUUGGUAAUUUAGAGAAAUGGUUUUGGAAUUAAAAUUUUUCAUCACUUGCACACUUGAUAUUUUGAUGAGAUAUCAUCCAAGUAUUGAGGAUAAGAAGAGAUGCAACAUACUACUUUUGUGUCACAAUUUAUUUUUAUCACCCUCUCUAGGGUAACAUGUAUAUUUUGGUGGAGAUUUUUAAACGCUCAGCAGGAGCAAUCAUUCCAUUCGGUUUUAAAUUAUCCUGUAUAUACCUAAUUAUGUGCACUGGAGAGUCAUUUAUUCUUCAUUAUCAUUUGUAAACAUUGAUUUUCACA